GAGUUGCCGUAGCAAAUUCUAGCAAUGAUUUCUGUCACUCCCUCAGCGAUCGCUGGAAAGAUGGCGUCAGUGCACACAGAGGCGAGCCACAACUCUGCAGGCGGAUAGACAGUGUGCAACGGAGGACGCAGAUCGGCACACCCUUGCAAAAGAUCGUGCAAUUCUCAACAAUCUUUGCGUUAUCAUGGUUGGAUCAAUGCAUUUAUAAAGGGGACCCAUUCUAGCAUCGCCCCGCAAUGGAGCCGCCUGACCACGGCAGGGAUGAGGAGGACGAGCCCCCAAAAGAUGUGCUUGGCCGCCACCCCGAGGUGGACGAGUUGUCGGACGAGCCCAGCCAGGAAGAGGAGGCCCUCUACGGCACGUCACCCCCCCGCACCCCCCGGCAGAUGAAACGCAUGUCCGGCAAACACCAUAGAACCCAGGGCAGGGCCACCGGACGGUCCCCCAACAAAGAGAAACUGGCCCCCCCUAGCCCUUCCACCUCCUCCUCCUCAUCCUUGUCGUCAUCUCACCCAAGAGAGCGUGUUGGCGAGGGCACCAAGUCGGCCGAGCCUCUGCCCGAGGAGCACAGCUACAGGCAGGGCAAGAAGCAGCGCUCCACACUGCGCUCCAACGAGCGCGACACCAAGAAGACCUUCCAGGGCUCCUUCAUGCUGGACCCACUGGGCAAGAGCGGCCCGUACGGCAGCAACACCCUCGGCAUGGACCCACGCAAGCCCUACCUGAGCCUGGGCUGCGGCAGCGGCAAGCUGCCUGUCAGCAUGCCCCACGGCCACGCCCUGCCGCGGCCGCACCGGCAGACAUCGCGCACCGACUGCCCGGCCGACCGGCUGAAGUUCUUCGAGACGCUGCGGCUGCUGCUCAAGCUCACCUCCAUGUCGUCCAAGAAGAAGGAGAAGGAGCAGCAGCGCGGCAUGGAGAACACCAACCUGCUGGGCCAGAGCAAGGAGGUGGUGUGGCUGGAGCUGCAGGCCUGGCACGCGCGCCGCACCGUCACCGACCAGGACCUCUUCCUGUUCACCGAGCGCCAGGCCAUCCCCGACAUCAUCAACGAGGUGCUGCACUUCAAGGUGGACUACAGCGGCCUGGGCCUGGGCGGCUCGGGGGGCAAGCGCUCGACGGGGACGCCCGUCAAAGCCGAGAGGGGGCUGCGGCAGGAGAGCCUGUGUGGAGCGGCGGGGUCCUGGCCGGAGGUGGAUACUGCGGCGCCGCUGGGCUGGGGCGCGGAGCGCCGCGAGCACCUGCAGCGGCAGCGGGUGGCCUUCGAGCAGGUGCGCCACGUCAUGCUGCUGCUGGAGACGGUGGAGGCGCUCUACCCGUCGCUGCAGACGCUGCAGAAGGACUACGAGAAGUACGCGGCGGUCGACUUCCAGGGCCGCGUUCAGGCGCUCUGCCUCUGGCUCAACAUCACGCAGGACCUCAACCAGAAGCUGCGCGUCAUGGGCACCGUGCUGGGCCUGCACGACCUCUCGCACCUCGGCUGGCCCGUCUUCGACGUGCCCUCGCCGCGAUGCUCGCGCGGACACGAGGACGAAGACGGCGGCGGGGAGGGCGAGGGUGACGAGGAGGACGAGGAUGCCGAGAGCGACUCGACGGCCAUCUCCAUGGCCGACAGCGACGGGGACACCAGCAGGGAGAGGGAGGAGGGAGACGGGGCCGCCGACGGUGACCUCUCGCCCAGCCUCACGCCUAAGUUUUCCCGGCUACUGUGCGACGACGAGUUCCUGCUGCCGGCUGGAGAAGAAGGGGAGGCCGAGGCAGGGACAGGGACAGGGGCAGUUCCUCUGGACAGGCCGGUGGUGGAGAGCCGCUACUGCCCCACGGGCAUCUACCGACCCUUUGUGGACAAGGCACUGAAACAGAUGGGGCUACGCAAGCUCAUCCUCAGACUACACAAGCUCAUGGACCGCUCGCUGCAGAGGGCCAGGGCUGCUCUCCUCAGCCAUUCCCCUGCACAGGAGUUCUCCGACUUCCCGGACCCCUUGCUGUAUAGUGACUAUCUCCCGGAGCUCUCCCGCCACCAGGCCUGCAGUGGCCAAUCAGGUGAGGGGGAGGAGCAGGACAGCGUGUCGUGGGCGGAGCUCCUGGACAUGGACCUGCCCUCGUUCCGGCCGGCAUUCUUGGUGCUGUGUCGUGUGCUGCUCAACGUCAUCCACGAGUGCCUAAAGCUGCGUCUGGAGCAGAGACCCGCCGGGGAGCCCUCCCUGCUCAGUAUCAAACAGCUGGUGCGUGAGUGUAAGGAGGUGCUGAAAGGUGGCCUCCUGAUGAAGCAGUACUACCAGUUCAUGUUACGCGGCGUCGUCACAGAUCCCCAGGGCGUGCAGACCAAUGCCAACAUCGACGAGUUUGAAGAGGACCUGCAGAAGAUGCUCCUGGUGUACUUUGACUACAUGCACAGCUGGAUCCAGAUGCUGCAGCAGCUGCCCCAGGCUUCACACAGCUUGAAGAACCUUCUGGAAGAGGAGUGGAACUUCACCAAAGUCAUCACCCCGUACAUCAGAGGCGGGGAGGCCCAGUCGGGGAAACUCUUCUGUGACAUCGCCGGCAUGCUGCUGAAAUCCACUGGGGACUUCCUGGACGCUGGUCUGCAGAAGAGUGGCGAUGAGUUCUGGGAAAGUGCUGAUGACAGCACUGCUUCAGAUGAGAUAAGGCGGUCUGUGAUCGAGACGAGCCGCUCCCUCAAGGAGCUCUUUCACGAGGCCAGGGAACGAGCAUCCAAAGCGCUGGGCUUCGCCAAGAUGCUGCGCAAGGACCUGGAGAUUGCUGCUGACUUUAGUGUGGCCAGUGGAGUGGCUGGUCUUUUAGAGGCUCUGAAAGAAAGGAACUAUGUCAAGGUGCAGAUCCCGGGGCUGGAGGAGCUGCAGGUGUUUGUGCCCUCAACGCUGAUGGACCAGUGGUCCAUUAUCCUGCAGCUGCUGAACGCGGCGGCGGGGAAAGACUGCUCCAAGGAGCCGGACGAGCUGGCCGAGGACGAGGCCUACCUGCUGAUGAGCAAGCACGGCACCGGCCAGCCCAGCGUGGAGGCCUGCUGGGCCCAGUGGGACGGCGCGCUGCUCAAACUCGUCCCCCAGAUGGAAACGGUGGACACACUCAAGAACAUGGCCGUGGAGAACCUGCUGCUGAUCGUGAUGCAGUCGGCCCAGUUGGUGACCCAGAGGAAGGCCUUCCAGCAGUCCAUGAACGAGCUGCUGUCCCUCACGCGAGAGCAGACCUCCAGCCAGCCCCUCAUCGCCUGCGCGCUGGAGCAGCUCAAGAAUGAAGCUCUUCAGCUGUGCAUUAAGAUCAAUACAGCCAUCGACCGCGUGGAUCACAUGUUCACCUCUGAGUUCGAGGCGGAGAUGGAGGAGUCGGAGUUGGCCACUCUGCAGCAGUACUACAGGGAGGCCAUGAUCCAGGGCUACAACUUUGCCUUUGAGUACCAUAAGGAGGUGGUGCGUCUGAUGUCAGGUGAGUUCAGACAGCGCAUCGGGGAGCGCUACAUCAUCUUCGCCCGCAAGUGGAUGAACUACGUCCUGACCAAGUGCGAAAGCGGCCGAGGCACUCGACCCAGGUGGGCAACCCAAGGGUUUGAUUUCCUCCAAGCCAUUGAGCCAGGUUUUAUCUCAGCUCUACCAGAGGAUGACUUCCUGAGUCUCCAGGCGCUGAUGAACGAGUGCAUUGGUCAUGUGAUCGGCAAACCACACAGCCCUGUCAGUGGCUUUUACCUCGCUCCUAGACCCAGCCCCCGGCCAGUCAAAGUACCGCGUUGCCACAGCGACCCUCCAAACCCAUACCUCUUCAUCCCAAACGCAGAUGGGUUCAGCUCUAGGAGUCUGCCCUGUGACCUGCGGACUCAGCUCUUCCCCGCGGGCCCCCGGCCCAUCCCCACCGGCCCCCCCCAGGGGGACCACAGCCACAACAAAGCCCCCGGCAGUGUCCCCAAUGAGAUCAGAGUAUCCGGUGUACUUGAAAACGAUCGCCUGUCGUCUGUUGCAAACGCGUUCAAAUCUCUCAGUCGCCACUCAAGCCCUACGGAAGAUAGGGAAGAGCCCUCGUACCCAAAGCCAGACGCCGCUUCCACCGUGCGCCGGAGCUGGGAGCUCCGCAACUUCAUCAGCCAAUCAAAGGACUCGGCGGCACGCCAGUGCCCCAUGGAGGCGGUGCGUCGCUCCAUCCGUGUGCUGGAGGAUAAGCGAUACGCCGAGAUGAAGCUACGCAAUAUCAUCGGCCAGGUGUGCCACACCCCCAAGUCCUACGACAAUGUCAUGCACGUGGGCCUGCGCAAGGUCACCUUCAAGUGGCAGAGAGGAAACAAAAUCGGUGAGGGGCAGUAUGGGAAAGUGUACACCUGUAUCAACGUGGACAGUGGAGAACUGAUGGCCAUGAAAGAGAUCCGCUUCCAGCCUAAUGACCAUAAAACAAUAAAAGAGACCGCAGACGAGCUGAAGAUCUUUGAGGGGCUUAAACACCCAAACCUCGUGCGCUACUUUGGCGUGGAGCUUCAUCGGGAGGAGAUGUACAUCUUCAUGGAGUACUGUGACGAGGGGACGCUGGAGGAGGUGUCGCGGCUGGGUCUGCAGGAGCACGUCAUCCGUCUCUACAGCAAGCAGAUCACUACGGCCAUCAACGUGCUGCACGAGCACGGCAUCGUGCACCGGGACAUCAAGGGGGCCAACAUCUUCCUCACGUCAUCUGGACUUAUCAAGCUGGGAGACUUUGGCUGCUCGGUGAAGCUGAAGAACAAUGCCCAGACCAUGCCUGGGGAGGUGAACAGCACUCUGGGAACUGCAGCGUACAUGGCACCUGAGGUCAUCACCAGGGCAAAGGGCGAAGGUCACGGGCGGGCCGCAGACAUAUGGAGCCUGGGUUGCGUGCUCAUAGAGAUGGUGACAGGAAAGAGGCCAUGGCACGAGUACGAGCACAACUUCCAGAUCAUGUACAAGGUGGGCAUGGGCCACAAGCCACCCAUCCCAGAGAAGCUGAGCACCGAGGGGAAGGACUUCCUGGCCCACUGCCUGGAGAGCGAACCCAAGCGCCGAUGGACUGCCAGUGCACUGCUGGACCACACCUUCGUCAAGGUUUGCACGGAUGAGGAGUAAAGGGGACGAGGAGCUCUCCCAGGCCUGUCUUUCACGUUUACAAAGUAUAGCACUACUGUCUAAGGCAUCUGCAAGGAACUGUGCUCUUCAGACACAGGAGAGGAAGAAGAAGAAGAGGAGGAGGAGGAGGAGGAGGAGAAGACGACAAAGAAAAAGGAGGAGGAGGAAAGAUUAUAUAUAUAUUUCAAAGAGGCCUCUGGCACACUGUGCAACACAUGGACUGGUGGUGUGAACCCUUCCCAGUGGGCAAGUCUUACAUGUAUAGAUGCGGAGAGGAUUUUUAGGGUUUGGUGAGGGUGGGAGAGGGCUCAGUGGAAAUAAAAUGGGAAGGGAUAUGUAUUGUACAUACUGUCAGAAAAAAAGGAUGAACUAAGAUCCUUGUAUAAAGAAUAUUGUAAAGCUUAAGUAAUUACAGCCACAUCUCUUGUUGGUGGUGAUGGAUUUUUUUUGUUUUUGUUUGUUUUGUUUUGGAAUGAGAGCAAGUAGGCUGUCCUUUUUAACGAGAACAAAAAAUUGAAGGCACUUUCAUGAAAGCGGUGUGUCCUUUUUUUUCGGUGAGGAAAGACUGCGGUGUGUAAGGAGAGCUGGGGAGGGAGAGAGGGAGUGUGUGCAAAAAACCCCGCCACUGGUUAGAAGAGAGGAGCUGUGGACACCCCCAACAGUGGUGUAACAUGUAGUGUUGUAAACCAUAGGGGAGACCAAACGAGCUCACAGUGUCACGAAACAGGUCCUGGCCACAGCAGACACGCCCGCUGCAACAUAAGGAAAAUAAAUAACGAAAGGUAAAAGAAUUUUUUUUUUUAUUGGACUUUAUUUCGUCGUUCUUUUAAAUUGUCUUUUUUUUGCCUGCAGAGCCCACUGUAAACAAUUUGUAUUUAAGCGUAUAAAAAGAAAAAUGGAUGUGCUGCAAUGCCCUGCUUGGCCAAGUAGCCAAUGAUGGCAGGCUUUGGAGAGCAGAGGCGUCUGAAGCGAACCCAAACCAAAUAAGAGGAGAGAGGGAGAGGGAGAGAGAGAAAAAGAUCUCCCUCUCUCCUGCUGCUGUACUCAACCCCUUUACAUCAGACCUACGCAUACAAGCAUCAACAUUUCUGGUCCUCCGCUGCUUUUACGGUGUUUGCAUUGUACAAAACAAUAUCAAUAAAAAAAGAACAAUUUUGUAAAAAAAAAAAAAA